UACGUGGUGCGAGUCUAAGAAACGCUGCAGCGGGGCCUUUUUCAAAACAGUGGGUUGCCUCCAGAAUACCAUUCUCCGUCGUCGUCCCGCCCGCGCCCUGCCCGCUAUCUCCGUGGCCUCGAUGCUCCACUCCGGAGACCAGGAAGGCUCAUCGUCUACCCAAAUAAGAGAGCCUCUCAAAACAUCAGUUGGAAAUAUUGCUGUACAAAAGAGGCGUCAACAUGCAGUUGCAGUGGGAAAAGAAAGACGUGAAGCAGCAAUUCGCACCAAACGGCUCUGCCGUGAUGGAGUUUUGGAUGGGACAAAUGCACUUUCUGAUGAAGAUGCUAUUAUGGAUGAUGAGGAAGUAGUUCUAAAUGCACAAACAUCAGCUGCAGUCGAAGAAUUAAAGUCUGCAGCCUCUUAUAUAGGAAAAGGAGCAGUACAAAAGAAAAUAGAAUCACUACGUAAGUUGAGACGAUUAUUGUCAAAGUCAAUGACACCUCCAAUAGUAGCUGCUGUUGAAGCUGGUGCAGUACCUUUACUUGUGCAAUGCCUUUCCUUUGGAUCGCAAGAUGAACAGUUGCUUGAAGCAGCUUGGUGCUUGACAAAUAUAGCUGCAGGAGAGCCUGAGCAGACACAAGCUUUGUUACCUGCACUUCCAUUGCUUAUAGCUCAUCUUGGUGAGAAGAGCUCAAUUCAUGUUGCGGAGCAAUGUGCAUGGGCUAUUGGCAACCUUGCUGGUGAGGGAGUAGAGAUGAGAAACAUUUUACUGGCACAAGGGGCCUUACCACCUCUAGCAAGAAUGUUACUUUCAAAUAGGGGUUCCACUGCAAGAACUGCAGCAUGGACAUUGUCCAAUCUAAUUAAGGGUCCUGAUCCUAAAGCUGCAAUGGAUCUAAUAAAGAGUAAUGGUGUCCUAGAAUCAAUUAUUCAGCAUCUAAAGAAAAUGGAUGAUGAAUUGGCCACUGAAGUUUCGUGGGUGGUAGUCUACCUGUCUGCCCUCUCUAAUCUUGCUGUUAAUGAAAUGGUGAAGAGUGAGGUUGUCCAUCUACUCGUCGAGAGGUUAGCUGCUUCAGAACAAUUACAAUUGCUGAUUCCGGUGCUGCGUAGCAUUGGCAAUCUGGUAGCUGGCAAUAGUUAUAUAACAGAUGCAGUCCUUGUUGUAGGGCAUGGUAUCACAGAUAAAAUUGUGCUUGGCCUCAUUAAAUGUCUGAAAAGUGAACAUCGGGUGUUGAAGAAGGAGGCAGCUUGGGUCUUAUCAAACAUAGCUGCUGGUUCAGUCAGCCACAAACGGUUGAUAUACUCUAGCGAGGCUGUCUUAUUGUUGCUGCAGCUUCUCUCAACUGCUUCUUUUGAUAUUAGAAAGGAAGUAGCUUACGCAUUAGGAAACCUCUGUGUUGUUCCAGCAGAAGGUUCUGGACAGCCAAACGUGAUGUUGGAGCACUUAACUGCACUUAUUGACAGAGGGUGCCUCUCAGGAUAUAUUAGUUUGGUCAGAUCACCUGAUAUUGAGGCUGCAAGAUUAGGUCUUCAAUUUUUAGAACUGGUCAUGCGGGGACUUCCUAAUGGUGAAGGUCCAAAGCUUGUUGAAAAGGAAGAUGGUAUCGAUGCAAUGGAAAGGUUUCAGUUUCAUGAAAAUGAGGAUCUAAGAAAUAUGGCAAACAAGUUAGUGGAUACAUAUUUUGGCGAGGACUAUGGGCUUGAUGAAAUGUAGAGGGAACGUCCGCAUCUGAUUGCUCUGGUGAUAACGAUGAUCACAAGCUAAUGAUAGUCUGAUGAAUGUUUCGUUUCAUUCAUACCUGCAAGUUACAUAUGCUUUUGUACUAGUCACUCUUUUGAAGAGUUUCAUCGACGUAUGCAUGUUUGCCUGCAUAAGAUCAAUUCCAAAAAACUCCACCUGGAAAAUGUUAA